AAUCAUUUCAACGUCGGCCGUCGUACGUUCGAUGUCUGUGCGAGCUGCUGUUGCGCAUGCCGCAAAUGUGUCAUCGUAAAAUAAACAAUUUAAUUUGAUAUUUGACAAUUAUUCCCAAAAUGGCGUGUAGUGUACAAAGUGUUUUGUUUCAUUAGUGACACAUGCAGAAUGCAGGGCUACAAUAUGGAGAAGGUGUUACUCCUGUACAAGAGUCACCUUUUGUUACUGCUCCGGUGCAGAACAGCACAUCGAACUCGACGAGUUCUCUGAGGCAGUUCAGGAAGAAGGAAAAUGUAGAUAAGGCUGCGGGGGCCGGCGGGGGACUGUCUGCAGUCAAUCAGGACUCCACGAAUUCUAGUCAUGUGGCCCGUGUCGCUCCCCACAACCACUACCCCCACAAGCAGAACGAGUACUUUAGAUAUCCACCCCAAUACCAAGAAUACAGUUCACAGUACAAGGAACCCACAGUCAAAUAUUCGGAGAUCGCUGAUCCAGUUAUACAACCCAUUCCACAUCUAGACCAUUUACCACCCUCCGUUCUGUCUAAACACAAGGAGAAGGAAUACGUAGACAUGUGCAACAUCCCUCAGCAAAGCCACAUCAACAAAGCGUACCCCGAACAUCAGUUCAAUGGGCAGCAGGGGUAUCCUCCGGACAUGUCCAUGCAUCAUCAGUACAUGCACAAGGAGCCGCAGGGUUCACAAAUGCAUUCCCCCUACAAGCCUGAAUCUCAGUACAUUCCGAAGGAGGGCGCCUUCAACCACCAGAUACCGCCGUUCCUCAAGUACAACAUUCCCCAGUCGAGAAACUACGGACCCCUGGACAACGCCUCCCUGACUCCCUUCCAGCGGAUGGACCCCCAUCUGGCCAGGUCGUUCAUGACCGAACACCAUCACAUCAGGGAGUUCCCCACCGAGUACAGCCCCAUGGAGCAGAGCCGGAUGUACGCCCAGAAACAACGAUACUACCCCACGCCUUUACCGCCAUCAAACACGACCUACCCCCCCAACUACCCCCACCGGAACAUGACGGCGCAGCAGUACAACUACCCGAGCUGCAACUACCCCAGAUCCGCCCAGAUGAACACGUCCAUGGGACGUUACGCGAUGAACAUGGAACGCAGCAUGUCACCCCGACGGACGUACGCUGAAAACAUGGAGAUCGGCAUGGGCUUCCCUCCGGUACCUCAGAAGAUCCAGACGGGGUACCCCAACUACCCCGCCUACGCCCAGCACUACCAGCAGCGCAGGCCGCCGGCCGUGCCCCAGGACUACUACCAUCACCCGCAGCAACAUCCGCACCCGAGGGCGCACGCGCAGUACAUGCCCAACCACCACGCGCAGGAGAUGACGGAGAACCACGUGGCCUCCAACAACAUACGGCAGUACCUGGAGAACUGGGCCGAGGAGGAACCCACGGCGGAGAUACCCACCACCAUCGAGAACCCCAAGUACAUCUCCAGGCUGAACAGGGACGAGACCAACGAGGUGUACGUGAUAAAUGCCUCGGAAUUACCGCAGUACCUGGAGAAUGGGGUACCUCUUAUAGCGUCAGAAAACGGGCAGUAUAUCUUCAAGAGUAACGUUUCCAUCGAUAACACUGGGGCUAUAAAGAUACUGGAUAAAACUAGUGGUGAAACCGGGGUUCUACCUGCGGACAGUCAAGACAGGGUGGUUAGCCUUCACAUCAUCGAAAACCCCAAGGGGGACUGUCUGGUGAACAGACCAACGACUCAGGAACAUCAGACGGCCGCUACGAUCAACGUGAUCGCCAAUCACCAGAGUAUGGACGGCAACGCCCAACGUCCCUACCACCAGCCGGGGUACAACAGGAUGAACGCCCCCCACCAGGUGUCCCCGAUAGUCCAGAACGGCGACGCGUCCUUGAACCUCAGUCUACACCAUAGCGACAGCCCGAGAACCCCCGAUAAACCAACGGAGACCUACCACGAAGUGCCUCAGCAGAACUCCUGCAUCGUCAUACCCUCCGCCCAGAGCAGGCUCAACUUCGACGAGUCCCUCCUUCCCAACCCAUCGUCAGUGCCUUGUGAAGCGAAACAGAAGAAGGAUGAGGGUGCCAACGCGAUGAUCUCCAACGUGAUGAACGAGGAGGCCAUCCUGAAGGAGGCGCACGAGGAGCUGGAUAAGAUAGUCCAGGAUACUCUGACCUCCGCCAACAUGCACAUGCCGAUGGAGAACCACCAGGUUAUGAAGAUGGACGAUGGUUUGAACUCGAGGAUUCCAGACUAUUUGAACCUCGACCUGGAUACGUCCAACCCUAAGGACUUGAGGACCGGUUCGCCUGGGGUCGAAGAGAACGAGGCCAUCAUCGAUUUGAGCACCACGUCUAGGAGGACCAGUAAGAGCGAGAACGAGGAACAGGAAAUAUCCGAGAAAAAAGAAGAAAAACCAGUAGAAACACAUGAAGAACUGAAGAAAAACGACCAUUUGCAAGACGAAGCUACAACAAUCAAGCAUAUGCCCUUGAUUUUCGAUGGUUUCGAAGAACACACCUACCAGAAGAGUGAGAAGGAUAAUCAAGAUACUGAAAAUACCGUUGAAACUUCCCAAGAGAAGAAAGAAGAAACCAAGGAAGACGAUAAAGGGGAAAUAACACAUGUAGCCGAAAACUCUGAAGCUCCUCCUGUAUCUCCAGAAACCCCAACAGAAGUUUCAGUUUUGAAAACUGAAGAAAUGGGUCCAGCCAAUGAGAGUAAGCCAGAAACGGAAAAUGAAGCCGUGCUUCCCCCAGAAGAAUCAGUGAAAAGGGAAGAAACCACUGAAGUUUCAGUGACAACAGAAGAAAUCACCGAAAUUUCAGCGACAAUGGAAGAAACCACCGAAAUUUCAAAGACAACGGAAGAACCCACUGAAUUUCCAGUGACAACGGAAGAAACCACCGAAGUUCCACUGACAAAGGAAGAAACCACUGAAGAUUUAGUGACAGAGGAAAAAACCAUCGAAGUUUCAGUGACAAGGGAAGAAACCACCGAAGUUUCAGUGACAGGGGAAGAAACCACCGAAGUUUCAUUGACAAAGAAAGAAACCACCGAAGUUUUGGUGACAAAGGAAGAAACCACCGAAGUUUCAGUGACAAGGGAAGAGACCACCGAAGUUUCAGUGACUGGGGAAGAAACCACCGAAGUUUCAGUGACAGGGGAAGAAACCACUGAAGUUUCGGUGACGAAGGAAGAAACCACCGAAAUUCCUGAAAGUGACGAAGAUAAAACGAAGAGCAAGUUGGAGUAUUCGGAAGAUAAGUUUAUCGAGAUUCCCAGAACUGGAAUAAAAAGAAAACGCAUAUUUUCAGUGGACGAUAUUAUUUAUCGUAUCGGUUCUAACUCGAAUCAAACUCUGAAUAAUUGCGAGGAAAUAGAAAAGGUUUCAAGUGAGAAUGAAGCUGAUACUGCUCCUCAGAUAAAUACAGCUCCAAGCCAAGAUAAUAAAGAAACAGAAACACAGAUAAAUACAAAUCCAGGUCAAGAUAGUGAAGAAAUAGAGAGUGCUACUCAGAUAAAUACUCCUCCAAGUCAAGAUAAUGAAGAGACAGAUGAAACCGUCAAGAAAAAUGAUUUGACUGAAGAAACAAAAAGCUACACAGAAAAUGAAGAAAAUUCAAUCGAAUGCUCGAGUGAAGAUAAAGAAGUCCAUUGUCCUGAUGUGGAAAGUGAGCUUUCUAACCUUGAAACGAAGCAGAAUGAAGAAAACCAAGAUGAAGAAACAAGCGAAGACAAGUCUCAAGAAGUUAUAGGUCAAAUUUCCGAAUCAACCAGCUUCAAUGGAUCAGAAUGUUACAUAAAUUGUAAAUCGGGAAGUGAAGAAGAAAUUGAUACAAAUCCUCAAAUCGAUGAAGAAAGGGAAAACACUGACAUUUCUCCCAUGAAAGACAGUGCAGAAGUAGAAGUACCUUCCGGGGAAGAAGUAGAAGAAAAAAGGGCUUUUUCGAACGAUGCAUCUGAAGAAAACUCUGAGAAUACAACACAAGAAGAUGAAAACAUGGAAAAAUCUGAAACUACCUAUCUUGAGGUGAAAAUAAGUGAUGAGACUGUAGAAAACAAAGGAACAUCUACCGUGGAAGAGCUUUCAGAGGGUGGCGAUAACCUGAAAAAGACGCAAAACUCUUCCACGAAGGAAGAAACCAAACAAAAUUCCGAAAUUCCUCUCCCAGUAGUACCUGAAGGAAAAGAAGACUUGGAAAAGGAUAAGAUUGAAGAGAUCGAUGAAACUCCGAUGGAAAAAGAGGAGAACGAAGUAUCUGAGGAUCUCCACCUACCUGAGGAAGCAGAAAAUCUCAAGAGAUGUCUACCUGAAACUUUUUCCUGCAAAAAAGAAGAAGCUAAAACUGAAAAUGGCAAUAAAAGAAUGAAGCUCGAUACCGAAGACGAAGAAGCAAUACAAGAAAACGAAGAUAACAAGAUGGAUUUUGUGGAAGAGGCUUCGCAGAGACCCUGCAGGUUUUCGGUUAUUCAAAGAACUGAACCUUCACAAAGAGAAGCCACGGUUGAAGUAGAUGCCCCGAAGAAUGAAACGCCAAGCACAAAAACGGUGGAGGAAAUAGAGAAAAAUACUCCCAUGAAAAAAGAGGAUUUGGUGGAAGACCACAAGAAGCAUACGAAGGAAGAGAUCACCUUCGAGCAGAGGUUCGUGGAGCCUCUGCUGAAGAAAGAGGUCAAAGACGAACAGGACGAGGAAAAAUCGCAAUUGGAAGACUUCCAAUACAGGAGCGUGCUCAAGAUCGAGGAGAACGUGGUCCUGUUGGAGAUUUGCGGUGAAUUGGUGGAGAUUAGCGUGAACCAGAUCAACGGGAAGAAGGUUAUCACUGUUGUACCGAUUUCUAGCAGCGCCACUGUGGAUAUAAACGAUAAUUACGAACAUUUGGAUCGUGUAAGUGAACAUGGGGUCCUUGAAACCACCCAGAAUGAGUUGGAAACGCUGGAGAUGUACCAGGAAACUUGCGUGGGUAAGACUGAGGAAAACGAGGAUAAAUCGCCUCCUAAAACUAUCAGCUCGUCUGAGGAUGAAGAGAACCUUCUGAGGAACGAAGAAAUCACCAGUACCCAACCAGAAACGAUGGAUAUAUUCGAGGAUAUAAUACUGAACGAAAACGAGAUUAUAAUAGGCGACGAAAGUUUGGAGGAAGAGAUAAACCUCGACCUCAAGAGCGACGAGCUGGUGGUCGACCAAAAGCCCGUCUUAUGCACCAAAGCAUCCAAGAAACUUUACGAAGACGAGCAGUCCCAAGCCCCCCCCAAAACCCACAGCUCCCUCCGGGAAUUCAGAAAGGUCAAGACGAAACCAGAACCGGCCUCACCCACCCAGAAGGUUAACGUUGAGGUCAAGGAUAAGAAACCGCUGAAAUCGGCGCGCGCAGCGUCCAGGCCGAAGGGAGGGUCCCAGGUGGCCUUCCAGGAGCUGAUCAAGCAGAGGAAGAUGAGGAAGGAAAAGAUACGACUGAAGUAUUCCCAGUACGUUUUCGGGGACGACGCGGAUAAGACGCAGGGCGUCGACGAAGGCUCGCUGGAGAAGGAGGUCAGGAGUGAGGUUAGGAAGGUGCCCAAGAUGGUCAAGGUGGAUAAAAACCAAGUGUGCUCUGCCGUGCACAAGGUUAAGGGUGGCGACGGUGCUAAGAAGAAGGAUUCAGAGGUCAAGACGAAGGAUAAGGAGAAGGUUAGAAGGAGAUCGGUGGACGAGAAUAAGCAAAGGAUUAAUAUUAUAGCCUCUGUGAUCCUCAAGGAACCUUCGUCGGGUGCAAAUUCAGAUAAGAAGAAGACGGACGAAAAACCGACCAGCACCUCUCAGCUAGCAGUCCAACCGGCGCCUCCGACGGCUCAAAAUUUUCAGGAGGUCCGGGCCCCGAACGAACCGGAGGUGGCCAGGCCCCCCAACGCCCUGGAGAAACACCCCAGAUUCCCGAAGGUGUCCGCGCCCAGGGACCUCUCCCUGACCAAGCACGCGAACGAACACUACCUCUCAAGAAAAGACCAUUCAAAUUUGAAGAAGAAGCUCAGCAUCCAGGAGUACAACAGCCGCAAGAGGAAAACGGAGGAGUCCAAGGUGCCCGAGAGGGCGGCCAAGGUCGCCAGGGUGGAGGAAUCUAAGGUGUGCGACGAUCAGAGGAACCGCCCCAAACCGUCCACUAUUUACUCGGGGAAGCAGUUCGAGAAGAUGGCCAAUUGCGUCAAGGACCCCAGGAGGCUUCAGUUUAUGAAUUCCGAACGCACCGGCCUUCUGAGAUGCAACUCUGAGGAAGCGACCACUUGUAGAACGUUGAACAUAUCACCGUUUAGAUCUCUCUCGACUGGUAACACCUCAGACCAAUCAGAACCUUUGCUCAACAGAAUUUCCAUCGAUAACCAAUUGAAAAACUACAAGACUGCAAUACCCAAUCAAUUGAUCUUGGAAAUAAACGAACCCAAUACGACAAAUAGGAGAAAAACCGUUGAUAACAAGUACGAAUCCACAGGAACUGUCAGGAGAAGAGUUUCCUUCGAUGACAAUGUCCAGAUAAACGAGGUGCACACCACACAAACGAAAACCGUGAAAAUCAGGCAGGAUUCGAAUUCUAGUUGUUGCGAGGUUACCUCAUCCUGCUCCGACAACUUCGAGGAAAGGACAAGGGAUGAUUGUGAAGAUAAGAACGAAGGUACAAAUCCUAAAUACCAAAAUAGUAUAGUUAGAAGGUUACAGAAGUCGGAGGUUGUCCGAAACGACUGGGAAGAUUCAAACUCCCCCAAAGACUGUAUAACAGACGCAUUUGCCCAUUGUUUUUUAGAAAAAAACAAGUUGGAAACCUUAAAAGGUUCAAAGAAUAAACUAAUAAUAGAUAUAAACGACUUCGAUACAAGUCUGAUCGAUAACGAACUGAAAAAUUCGUAUCAGAAUAGUUCAAAAUCCAAUACUAGUGAAAACGGGUUGAAAAACUACAAGGAAGAAGUCGAUUUAAAACUGAAUUCGUUAAAUAUCCAAAUACCAAAGACGACAAAGAACAGGGUACCAAACGAGGACGACAUACUGAUGCAUAAAUUCCUGAGAAAAGAACAACUCAGUUCGGAAGAAAUCAAACAGAUACGAAGAAUAAUAUACUUCAAGAAAAAGAUGCAACAGUUACAGAUAAACCAACAGACCACUAAACCGACAGAAGACAAUUACGAGAUCAAGAAAACCGUGGAGAAUUCCCCGAACAAAGAUCUGAAAUUACAAUUGAAGAAGGUAGACGGUAAGGUUAAGAAAAAGAAGAAGAGAUUCAGGAAUCUGUACUCGGAGAGUCCGGAAACCAGUGAGAACGAAGUGCAAGAGACAGCCGGUGAGUUCUCGGUUUACGGAGGGGAGAAUAUAUCGGGUGUCAAGUUGAUUUUCAAGAGGAAAACGGACUUUUUGAACCUUCAGCCGGUCGUUAGGUUGCAGAGGUAUGCGUUUAUCGAUUCGAUGGCGAAAAAAUUGAGAUUCGAGUGAGAUUUUAGGGACCAAAUGCGAAAUUUCAAGCCUUUAGUGAGUGUUGUGAAUAUUUUCUCUUAACGAGGAGAGAUCUGCACCAGAGUUUUCAAGAAAUGUACCUGUUUAUAGAAAAAAAACUAUUUUAUAAGAAAUAUAGAGGGGAUAUAAUAUAUACGAUAUAUAUUCAAGAAUAGCAUAUAGAAUUUUCCACCUAAAUUAGACAAAGAUAUAUAUUUACUAGAGAUAAAAACUUUAUCAUCUCGAUACAGGGUUGUAUAUAGACAAAACGUUCAAAAUCAAUGCCUACUCAAUAGUCUGCAGCUUCAACAAUACGUCUAUAUACUCAGAAAGGGUUUCGUUCAAAUUCAAGAAAAGAACCUGGAAAAUUAAUGAAGAAAUCCGUAAAUAUUGUUAUCAAACUGAAGAAAAUAAUAACGAAAAAUAAAUUUAAAAACUGAAUCGUUUGAGCAGUUUGAAGAGCGAUAUAUAUCAGAUUUUCUAAAGUGAUUGUUCUUUGAUCUCAAAAUAGUAAUUCCAACAUUUCUGCCAAAGCGUGAGGUUCUUUUUUUGAAUUUCAUGGGGCUCGAAUGCGUUCAACCUAAAUCAUGUGGCUUAGAAUAUGAUUCAGUAUUAAAGAAUCGCCUUAUCGUUAGAUCUGCUUCAUAUUUUUGGAAUACUAUAUUGAAAGAUGAAAUUAUUUUCCAAAUAUCAGAUGAAAAUCAUGUUACAUAGAAUAUAAUAGGAAAAAAGCCUGAAAGUUUGAUCCCGUUGUUGGGGAAAAAUAGAUAAUUUAUCAGAUUUUUAGCGAAAUUUGUUCAGGAAUUCACUCGAUCAGUUUUCCAGCAGUUAUCGACCAAAGAAAUUUGUCACCAUAAUUUGAUUACUAGUAUUGAUCCAGUUUUUGUAUAUAGGGAGUAUAUAAUUGUAUUGCAUUUGAUGAAUGUUUUAUAUAUAUUUGCAAGUUUUAUUGUAAAUUUUAAAUAUGUAUAUAAAAUUAUUUUUGUUGGGGUUUAUUGAAUUUAUACGGGAAUAUUAUUUCAACAGUUUCAGAUAAGUUUUCAUAUUAUUGCUAAGUAAUAUUUCCUAUAGUUACCUAUAUGUAAGUAUAUGUACACUGAAUCUGAGAAUGUUCCACUUUUUAGUCAAUUUUUUAUGUGUAUAGAGGAUAUUAAGUUUAUAUAUAUUGGAGUGCCUUUAAGCACGUUUGUUGUUGUUUUUUGCCAUGUAAUGUAUAUGGAUUUGUUUCCCUCAAGCACUUGUGUUAAUAAAAUGAUGCAAAA